CAAAUAAUUUGAGGUAGCAUGACCAUGGAGGUGGAUUUAGAUCGUGAAUUGAUGAACUCAUUUAAAACCAUGAACACAACAGACCGUGAUGUUUUAAUAAAUGAAUUCCUCAGAGUUUUGGGUAGUCAACCUAAUGCCACGGAGGGUGAAUUUUAUCUUGAUAUGGCUAAUUGGAAUUUACAAGAGGCGGUGUCAGCUUGGAUGGAUGUUCAUCACCCCCGCAAUAAUCCUCUUGCCAUGAGAUUUAUACAGGACAUCACAAUUGGGGAAGGGGAAAGCAUACCACCUAACACAAAGUUCACGAAGACAUGGAGAAUCCGCAACAUAGGGAACGAAACUUGGCCUGCUGGAUGCACACUAAGGUUUACUGAUGGUGACCAACUCUCUACUUACACUCAGGUAUCUGUAGGACCAGUGUCUCCUAACGCUGAAGUUGAUAUAAGUGUAGAGAUGUGCUCACCCCCAGAUACAGGAAUGUUCCAGGGAAAGUGGAGAAUGUGCAACCCUGGAGGCAACUUCUUCGGAGAUGCAAUAUGGGUGAUAAUAUGUGUAGAUACUGGCGGUGUCCUGGGAGUAACACAACAACUUAAUUCCUCCUCAUUUGAUUUCCACAACAAUUCCGCAGAUUCCAACUUUUCUAAUCCCUUCAACAUGGGCAUGGAGUGAAACCUUGAGAGUGGAGCAAACUACCAACGUAUACUGUUGAGUAUUUGGUUAUUUAUUUGUACAUUUAGAACCAAACUACCCGGGCUUCCUUCAAGAGUGUAACCCACGUUUGUGUGCACACUUGCUCGUGUGCGCACUUGUGCGUAUGAUGUGUGCGCUCAAGUGUGUGGCUAACCAAUUUGUGUCAACGAACAAAUUAACAAUUUUUAAUGGGUCAAAUACAACAAUUUCUGGACAGAUUUGCCUCUUUUUUACGAACUCAGAGCUUGAUUAUGAUUAUGAUGUGAGUUCGAAAUUUCUUGUAUGCAUUUAUACACAGCAUAUAAAUUUAUAGCGCGAAUAUUUAAGUUUUAAGCUUACAAACUUCUACGUUUAUUUUUGGUUUGGACUGUUUAAUUUAAUGAAAAGAGAUGUUAUUUUGGUCUGUGGGUCAGAUCACUUAAAUAAUAUAAUACUCAAGAGUUGAACAAAUCCGGUGUACUUUAAAUAUAAAUGAAUCUUAGCUCUUAAAAAUGAUACUUGUGUGAAAUUUUAAAUUAUAGUUUUCAAUGUUACAAGUUCUGGUUAAAGAACACGAAGUUAACACCUCUUUUCAAUUAGGGGUCGUUCACAUAUUACGUAAUCACUUUUUGGCCAAUUUUUAACCCCCUCCAGCUCCCCCCUCCGUAAUCAUGUUUACACAUAGAGCUAUUGUGUCAAAAUUACACUAGCGUAAUCAUUUGGAAACCCCUUCCCCCCUCGGCUGAUUACGUAAUAUCUGAAUGAUCCCUUAUACAACGUGUUUUUUGAGUAUAACACUUUGAAUAUAUUUAAACUUUUGAUGUGUUGAAAAUGACAAUUGUGUACCAUUGUAACGAAUUCAUUGUAAUCUUACAUUAUUAUCAUAUUACCAAGAUUUUACUUUGAUUUUCUUUACUUCUUGCUUUAACAAAUUUAAAUGAAAUCUAGCUUUAUACAGCUCAAUUAUCGUAAAAAUGAAUUUCUUCCCACACAUAUAGUGUUAUACUAACUUUUAGCUAGCAUUAAGCAUAUGUCAACAUAACAUAACCAUACAUAAUUCAUGUCCGUUGUUUUGUACGACCUUAUCUCAUCUUACCUAGCUGAGCUAUUGUAGUUAUACAGUAGGCUUAUACUUCGAUGCCAGUCUCUAUCAACUCAGUUAGCAUUCUUAUUUAUUAAUUAAUCACUUAAUCAAUUAAUAAAUUACUUACCAGAUCAUCACAAUGUUCACCCCUAACUUUAACAUCGGGAUCCUCGGUCAUGUGGACAGUGGUAAAACCACCCUCGCUAAAGCGCUCAGUCACACAGCAUCCACUGCUUGUUUUGAUAAAAACCCUCAAAGCAAGGAACGAGGGAUUACACUGGAUCUUGGUUUUUCAUCUUUCACCAUCCCAUACCCAUCUCAUCUGGGUACUGAUCACGAGAACCUGUUGAUUACUCUGGUUGAUUGUCCUGGACAUGCGUCUCUUCUGAAGACGGUGAUCGGGGGCGCGCACAUCAUCGACUUGAUGAUACUUGUAGUGGACAUAAUAAAGGGUAUUCAGACCCAGACUGCCGAGUGUCUAAUAAUAGGGGAGCUGACUUGUGAUAAGUUGCUGGUGGUGCUCAAUAAAACUGAUUUGAUUCCUGAGGACAAACGAGCGGAUAAAAUAGCAAAGGUUCGAAAGAAAAUUUCCAUGACCCUUUCAAAAACUAAGUUUAAAAAUGCUGAAAUCAUUUCCUGCUCUGCAGCAGAAAAGGAGGGAGUAGAAAACCUGAUCAGCAUCAUAUCAAACAGUGUUGUCAUAGGACCUAGAGACUUCAGUGGAGAUUUCGUGUUUUCUGUGGAUCAUUGUUUCGGGGUAAAAGGUCAAGGAACAGUUUUAACGGGUACCUGUUUAUCAGGCUGCAUCGGUCUAAACGACACAGUUAAAAUAUCCAACACAAAACUGGAAAAGAAAAUAAAAUCAAUCCAAGUGUUCAGGAAAUCAGUAGAUAAGUUAUAUCAGGGAGACCGAGCUGGGAUCUGUGUUGCACAGUUUGAUCCGAAACUAAUAGAACGUGGUCUGGUUUACACUGGGAGUGUGGUAAAGACUGUGUACGCUGUGAUUAUUGAUAUCAAUAAGGUGGCUUAUUACAAGGGCAGUAUCACUACCAAGAUGAAGUACCAUGUCAGUAUUGGCCAUGAAACUGUCCUUGCUAAAAUCACAUUCUUUAAAACAGAAGAGGGUUCUUCAGAAGCACCCUUCAACAUGAACCAUAACUAUCUUUACCAAGAUACGUACUCGGAGGGGGAUCGUGGAUUUGCACUUCUACAAUUUGAGCAUCCUGUGCUCUGUGUUGAAGACAGUAUGGUCAUCAUCUCCCGACUUGACAUGGACAUUAACACACCCGCAUGUAGACUAGCCUUCUAUGGAAGACUUCGUCACAUCUACACCUCACAAGACUACUCAGACAAUCAGCUGUCAGAUCUGAGGAUAUUCAAGUAUAAGGAGAGGGAAGGGCAGGUGGAGCGGAUGAAUGAUGAGUAUACUGUUAUUGGAAAAGAUCUGUUCAAGAAGGAAACUGAUAUUGAUCUGUUUUCCCAUCUGGCAGUGAACCUGUCCACAGGGGAGUUGGGUAAGAUUGAGGGGAGUUUUGGGCAGAGUGGCAAGUUUAAGGUUUACGUACAGGAUGGGUUGUCGGAAAAAACAAAACUCUUGCUUGCUUCUAAAAAGAAGAAGGGUAAAGACAAU